AUGUCUGAUAAUAAGCAAACUGUGUCGCGCAAGCUUCCAAUAUGGGUUCUUGCUCCCAUUGAAGAGAGGGAAGCGAGACUUAACCUUAAGAAGUUCGCCUAUGAUGAAUGCAGGGAAUAUGUCAAAGAAAUGGUGGACUGUUCGAAGGUAAAUGGUUUGAGAGUGUUCCCAACAUGUAAUCCCCAGAAAAAGAAGAUGGCCGACUGUUUGCUAUUCUAUCAAACUGAUUCCAAGUAUUUAGAUGCCGAGAGGGACAAGAUAGUAGAGAAGAAGAUCGAGAUUUAUGAACAGCAGUUGAAGAAUAGUAAGGAGAAACUACCUAAAACUCCGUAA